UUUUUUUUGUUCUCUUUCAGUGUGUUUCCAUUGCAUUUUCACUCAUGCAGGCGUCGACUGCUGGCGGGAUGUCCGUCCCUCCUUCUCCACAGCAGCAGCAGCAGCAGCAGCAGUUGAAUCUAUCUCAGCUGCGUUUCCCACUCGCGCCCGAGGCAGUCGCGCAACUCACUCAGAUCCUUCGCCUCAACCCACAGGCGCCUAUCGCCGAGCAGCUGACGCGCAUCCUGGCGCAGCAUCAGAUUGUGGUGCAGCAGCUGCAGCAGCAGGCGGCGUCGAGCGGGGCAGUCGCAACGUCGCCUGCUCUGCCAAAAACGCCGCUGAGCCGACACGCUCCUCCAGGGUCUGCCAGCAUCUCUGGCGGCAGCAGCGCUGCUAGUGUUGGUGCUGGUGCUGGUGGUGCUGCUGCAAUGAUGCCGCCGCCUCCGGCUGGGCCACAGACACCCGCGCUGACAUUCCCGUCGCUGCAUGGCGCGCUCGCAUCGCAGCAGCUCACGCCAGAGCAACAGGCGCAGAUGCGCGCCCAGCUGCAACUCUUCCAAGCCCUUUCUCGACAGCGGAUGGCUGCUCCUCAGCUGUCUGCAGCGGCCAUUCAACAGCAACAGCAGCAACAACAGCAGCAGACGCAGACGCAGCAACGAACGUUGGAGAUGCCGCCGCGCCCGCACGGCCAGGCGCUGCUCAGCUCUGCAUCGCUCCGGCCGCUGGGACUGGAUCCUGUCGAGAUGCAAGUCCGCCGUGAGCAUCACAUUGCCACGUCGAUCGCAGAGCGCAUUCGCGAGCUGAGUGCCAUCCCGGUCACGGCCCCGAAGGACGUGCGGAUCCGAGCGGCGAUUGAGCUCAAGUCGCUCCAGCUGGUCGGCCUGCAACGCUCGCUGCGCCAGCAAAUCACUCGGACCAUGCAGGUGGACACGACGCUGGAGACGGCACUCGAUCGUGCGGCGUACAAGCGGGCCAAGAAGCUUGCCGUCCGCGAGCCCAAAAAGACCGAGCUGCUCGAAAAGCAGCAGCGCGCGGAAACAGAGCGGCGACGCCACGCCAAGCACUUUGAGCGCCUCAACGCCAUCCUGUCGCACGCCCAGCGCUUCCGCGACUUUCACGAGGCCGUGCACGCCAAAGUGCAGCGCAUCGGCCGUGACCUCCAGUUGCACAACGAGCGUCUCGAAAAGCAGCGCAAAGCCGAGUCCGAGCGCCUUGAAAAGGAACGCAUGCGUCGCUUGAUGGAGGAGGACGAAGAAGGCUACCGCAAGCUCAUCGACUCUGAGAAGGACAAGCGUCUGUCCUACCUGCUCAACCAAACCGACGAGUACAUUGAAAAGCUGGGCGCGCUCGUCCAGCAGCACCAGCAGAACGAACGCACCCGAGGGCAGACAAAGAAGAAGCGCAGGCGGAGGAAGCCAAAGCAGCCGACUGCUGCUGCUGCUGCUGCUACUUCCACCGAGCCCACACCCAUGGCGACCGAUGCAACUGCUGCAGCUUCGUCCGACACUGCUGCUGCUGCUGCCGAAGUGCAGCCCACUGCGAUGGAGGUGGAUGCAACGCCAGCUGCCAGCACCAACGCGGCGGCCGCAACAAAACCAGACGAAGACGACGAGUACACGAGUGGCUCUGGAGAAGACGACGACGACGACGACGACGACGCCAACUCGGACGACGAAGUGAACGCGUACGCGGCAGAGCACCAGGGCGACAAGUCGAGCUUCUCUCUUGCGCACAACAUCCGCGAGCCCAUCACCGAGCAGCCGACCAUGCUGGAGUUUGGCAAGCUGAAAGAGUACCAGCUCAAGGGCCUCGAGUGGCUCGUCUCGCUGUAUAACAACAACCUGAACGGCAUCCUGGCCGACGAGAUGGGCCUUGGCAAGACCAUUCAGACCAUUUCGCUGAUUGCCUACUUGAUUGAAAAGAAGCAAAUGAUGGGUCCGUAUCUGGUUGUCGUCCCGCUCUCCGUCUUGUCCAACUGGCAGCUGGAAUUCGAGCGCUGGGCGCCGUCCAUCGUCAAGCACGUGUACAAGGGCAGCCCGGCCGCGCGCCGUGCGCUCCACCCCAUCAUUCGCGGCGGCAAGUUCAACGUGCUGCUGACCACCUACGACUAUAUCGUGCGUGACAAGAAUGUGCUCAGCCGUGUCGCGUGGAAGUAUGUGAUUGUCGACGAGGGCCACCGCGUGAAAAACCACAGCGGCAAGUUGAACACGGUGCUGACCCAGUACUUCCCCGCUCCCAACCGACUCUUGCUCUCCGGCACCCCGCUGCAAAACAACCUGCCCGAGAUGUGGGCGCUGCUCAACUUUUUGCUGCCCACCAUUUUCAACUCGGUGGACAACUUUGAGCAGUGGUUUAACGCGCCCUUUGCCAACACGACCGAAAAGGUCGAGCUGUCGGGCGAAGAGAGCAUUCUCAUUAUUCGUCGAUUGCACAAAAUCCUGCGCCCCUUCCUCCUGCGCCGUCUCAAGCGCGAGGUCGAGUCGCAGCUGCCCGACAAGGUCGAGUACGUGGUCAAGUGCGGCAUGAGCCAGCUGCAAAAGACAAUGUACUCGUUCGUCAAGCGCAAGGGCGUGCUGCUCACGAGCGCGCAAGACACCGACCCCAGCGCGGCCAAGAAGCUGCAGCAAAAGCCGACGGGCGUGCGAGUGCUGGCCCACACGCUUAUGCAGCUGCGAAAGAUUUGCAACCACCCCUUCCUGUUCGAAACGCUUGAGCGCGGCGUGAGCAGGCACAUGGGUUUUGGCGGCGCGAUUAUUACCGGAUCGCUUGUGGUUCGCGCAAGUGGCAAGUUUGAAAUGUUUGACCGCUUGCUGACAAAGCUGCACCGCACCGGGCACCGUGUUCUCUUGUUCAGCCAAAUGACCCAGUGUCUGACGAUUCUCGAGGAUUACUGCAACUACAACAACAUCCUGUACCUUCGCUUGGACGGCAACACCAAGCCCGACGAGCGCGCAGAACUCUUGACCAAGUUCAACGCGCCCAACUCUCCGUACAACCUGUUUUUGCUGUCGACACGCGCGGGUGGCCUGGGUCUCAACCUGCAGACCGCCGACACUGUCGUCAUUUUCGACUCUGACUGGAAUCCCCACCAAGAUUUGCAAGCGCAAGACCGCGCACACCGCAUCGGCCAGAAAAACGAGGUGCGUGUCAUUCGCUUUGUCACGGCAGACUCUGUGGAAGAGCGCAUGCUUGCUGCAGCGCAGUUCAAGCUGGACAUGGACAAGAAGGUCAUCCAAGCGGGCAAGUUUGAUCAAAAGUCGACCUCGUCCGAGCGUCGGCACCUGCUCGAGCAGCUGAUGGACGACAGCAAGGAGGACGACGAGGAAGAGGCCAAGGACGACGAAAGCUCCGUCCACGAUGACGAUACCCUCAACCAGAUGCUCGCGCGCAGUGAGGACGAGCUGCGCAUCUUCCAACAGCUCGACAAGGAGCGCCAGCAAGCUCCCGCUUUUGACUAUCCCAAUGGCAUCCACACGACCUCCCGGUUGAUGGAAGAAAACGAGUUGCCCGAUUGGCUUCUCGUCGACGAUGAGGAAAUUGACCGCCUCGUCAACGACGCACCAGCCGUCGAGUACGGACGCGGCCAACGCGAGCACAAGGAUGUCUUGUAUGAUGAUGGGUUGACGGAAGGCGAAUUUUUGGAUCUCGUCGAGGACGGACAGUUGGAGGACGAGUUGAAGGACCGAGUCACCAAGAAACGGCGAUUGGAAGACAGCGCGGCUGCCAGUGAUGAAGACGGAAGCACUCCGGCCCGUCGCAACCGCGUUCCCAGUGCUCGCAGUGGCGGGGCAACACCAACCGCCGCGGCAGAUAUGCCAAACAAGCGCGUUCGAACCGAGCCGGUGAACAUCAACCCAAAGUUUGUGGCGCAACUGCGGCGCCUGUUGGAUGCCAUGCUCGAAGAAAAGGACGAAAUGGGACGCCCACUUGCCGAUCCGUUCGUUCGACUUCCGACUCGCCGCGAACUUCCCAGCUACUAUGCCCUUAUCAAAGAGCCGAUGGACUUUAACAAGAUUCAGAAACGACUCGAUCAAGGCGGGUACAAGUCGAUCGAUGACCUCACCAAAGACGUUUCCUUGAUGAUCUCCAAUGCCCAGCAUUAUAACAUUGACACGUCGCAGAUCUUUUUGGAUUCCCAAGUGCUUUUUAAUGUGUACACUAAGGCAAAAGCACAUCUGGAAGGCGAGCCAAUCGAACCGUAUCAACUGGACGCGCCCGCGCCAACACCAUCCACAUCAACUCCGACCUCCUCGACAAGACGCAAGGCACGCUACGAUGAGGACGAUGACGACGACGAUGAUGAUGAUGCCGAAGGCGACUCGCGAUUUGAGAGCGAGAACUCGGAGGAUGACGAAUACACUAAAACCCGUGCCACUCCCGGAAGGCGAGGACGACCUCGUAAAUCGUGAAAGUUUUGUUUUCGUUUUCCAUUGUGUUCUUUUUCCCCCGUCAUACAAGUUUUUCAUGUUGAUUUUUUUUCUUGCUUUUUGCAGUUCUGCGCUUCAGUGGGGUUGGUUUAUUAAACCGCAGAGAAAAGCUUGCAUCGCAUUUGUGCAGCUGAUCGAUCAAACAAAC